AGGCAAGCGGCCUCGGAUUGUGUAAAUUUUGAGUCUUUUGUUGCUUUUGUUGCAGGCUAAUAAAGUUUUUCUUUCGUUUAUUUUUUUUCUAAGAGUUUUAACAGGGGAAGUUAACUCCCCAGGGCUGCCGGGUUAGCCUCGCUGCCUGGGCCGGAGGGCGCCUUUGGCCGGGGAAGCGCCAAAGGAAGGCGCGCUAGCGGCCGGGGUCGGUUCUGCGAGGACCAGGGGCCGGGGGGCGGGAGGGGAACCGCGGGGCUGCACCUGGGGCGCCCCGGUCUGGUCCGCGGCGCCGCCUAUUUUUAAUAGCAUCUUUUGGACUCGUUUCCUUGGUCUCAGUCCUCGACCUCGGCGCCGCCUGGGCUCUCGCAGCCUCUCCCUAGGUCUACUCCAAACGACCACCUCGGAUUCCUUAUGGAUCGCAGCUCCAAGAGGAGGCAGGUGAAGCCUUUGGCAGCUUCUCUGCUAGAAGCUCUCGAUUAUGAUAGUUCAGAUGACAGUGAUUUUAAAGUUGGAGAUGCUUCAGAUUCUGAAGGGAGUGGUAAUGGAAGUGAAGAUCCUUCAAAGGACAGUGGAGAAGGUUCCUGUAGUGAUUCUGAAGAAAAUAUUUUAGAGGAAGAACUGAAUGAAGAUAUUAAAGUAAAAGAAGAACUUAAAAAUUCUGCAGAGGAAGAAAUACUAUCAUCAGAAAAACAGUUAAUUAAAGUGGAAAAGAAGGAGGAAGAAGAGAAUGGAGAGAGACCUAGAAAGAAAAAGGAAAAAGAGAAGGAGAAAGAAAAAGAUAAAGAGAAGGAGAGAGAGAAGGAUAAAGAAAAAGCAACAACAUCUGAUAACGUGGCUGCUUCUGCUGCUUCCACCACACCAGCCACAAGUCCUCCUGCUGCUAACACAUCUCCUUCAGUCCCCACGACAACAACUACAGAGGAGCAAGUCAGUGAGCCAAAAAAGUGGAACCUUCGUCGCAACCGACCACUUUUAGAUUUUGUAUCCAUGGAAGAGCUGAAUGACAUGGAUGACUAUGAUAGUGAAGAUGACAAUGAUUGGCGACCCACUGUAGUAAAAAGAAAGGGAAGAUGUGCAUCUCAGAAGGAAGGAAGUGAUGGAGACAAUGAGGAUGAUGAAGAUGAGGGAAGUGGGAGUGAUGAGGAUGAGAAUGAUGAAGGCAAUGAUGAAGAUCAUAGCAGCCCUGCCAGUGAAGGGGGUUGCAAGAAGAAGAAGAGUAAAGUUCUUAGCAGAAACAGUGCUGAUGAUGAGGAACUGACCAAUGAUAGCCUGACACUAUCUCAGAGCAAGAGUAAUGAGGACUCGCUGAUUCUUGAGAAGAGUCAAAACUGGAGUUCUCAAAAAAUGGACCAUAUUCUGAUUUGCUGUGUUUGUCUUGGAGAUAAUAGUGAGGAUGCUGAUGAAAUAAUUCAGUGUGACAAUUGUGGCAUUACAGUCCAUGAAGGUUGUUAUGGAGUUGAUGGAGAGAGUGACUCUAUUAUGAGUUCAGCUUCUGAAAACUCCACUGAACCUUGGUUUUGUGAUGCCUGUAAAUGUGGUGUUUCCCCUAGCUGUGAACUAUGUCCCAAUCAGGAUGGAAUUUUCAAGGAGACAGAUGCUGGAAGAUGGGUUCACAUUGUUUGUGCCCUGUAUGUUCCCGGUGUAGCCUUUGGAGAUAUUGACAAAUUGCGACCAGUAACACUAACAGAAAUGAACUAUUCCAAAUAUGGUGCCAAGGAGUGUAGCUUCUGUGAAGACCCUCGUUUUGCUAGAACUGGAGUUUGCAUUAGCUGUGAUGCAGGGAUGUGCAGAGCCUAUUUCCAUGUGACCUGCGCUCAGAAGGAAGGUCUGCUUUCAGAGGCAGCAGCAGAGGAGGAUAUAGCAGAUCCAUUUUUUGCUUAUUGUAAGCAACAUGCAGAUAGGUUAGACAGAAAGUGGAAGAGAAAAAACUACUUGGCUCUACAAUCCUAUUGUAAAAUGUCUUUACAAGAGAGAGAGAAGCAACUAUCACCAGAAGCACAGGCAAGGAUCAAUGCCCGGCUUCAGCAAUAUCGUGCCAAAGCAGAACUAGCUCGAUCCACCAGACCCCAGGCCUGGGUUCCAAGGGAAAAAUUGCCCAGACCACUCACUAGCAGUGCUUCGGCCAUUCGUAAACUUAUGCGGAAAGCAGAACUGAUGGGGAUCAGUACAGAUAUCUUCCCAGUGGACAAUUCAGAUACUAGUUCUAGUGUGGAUGGAAGGAGAAAACAUAAGCAACCCGCUCUCACUGCUGAUUUUGUGAAUUAUUAUUUUGAGAGAAAUAUGCGCAUGAUUCAAAUUCAAGAAAAUAUGGCUGAACAAAAGAAUAUAAAGGAUAAAUUAGAGAAUGAACAAGAAAAGCUUCAUGUGGAAUAUAAUAAGCUGUGUGAAUCUUUAGAAGAACUACAAAACCUGAAUGGAAAACUUCGAAGUGAAGGACAAGGAAUAUGGGCCUUACUAGGCAGAAUCACAGGGCAGAAGUUGAACAUACCGGCUAUUUUGCGAGCACCCAAGGAGAGAAAACCAAGUAAAAAAGAAGGAGGCACACAAAAGACAUCUACUCUUCCUGCAGUACUUUAUAGUUGUGGAAUUUGUAAGAAGAACCAUGAUCAGCAUCUUCUUUUAUUGUGUGAUACCUGUAAACUCCAUUACCAUCUUGGAUGUCUGGACCCUCCUCUUACAAGGAUGCCAAGAAAGACCAAAAACAGUUAUUGGCAGUGUUCAGAAUGUGACCAGGCAGGGAGCAGUGACAUGGAAGCAGACAUGGCCAUGGAAACCUUACCAGAUGGGACCAAACGAUCAAGGAGGCAGAUUAAGGAACCAGUGAAAUUUGUUCCACAGGAUAUGCCUCCAGAACCCAAGAAGAUUCCAAUAAGAAACACGAGAACCAGAGGACGAAAACGAAGCUUCAUUCCUGAGGAAGAAAAACAUGAGGAGAGAGUUCCUAGAGAGAGGAGACAAAGGCAGUCUGUGUUACAAAAGAAGCCCAAGGCUGAGGAUUUACGAACUGAAUGUGCAACUUGCAAGGGAACUGGAGACAAUGAAAACCUUGUCAGAUACCCUUCAUGAGACCCAACUCUGCCACAGCUCAUCCUCGGAGGCAAUCCUGGAAACCUCUUUUAUAAGUGUGAUUUUAAAAAUGUGGAUAACACUCUCAAUAGAGUAUAUAAAGUAAAGGAGAACAGCUAUCUUGUCUUUCCCAUAAGCUUAUCACUGCAAAAAGUUGCCUUUGCUUGUCAGGUUUGGAUAGAAUGUAAUUGAUUGGUUUGUUACUAGGACUGACAAGGCAGUUAAUUUGCCUGUGUGGAUUUUUUUCUCCUUUUUUUCUUCUUCAACUUUUUUUUCUUUUUUUUUUUUGCACUAAUCAGAAACAUUUGAUAUGUGCAUUGUUGAAAUAUACUAGAUAAUGUCUUGUCAGAAUUGUCCUAUUAAGUAAUGUCUUCCCCUCUUGCUUCUUUGGCAAAUGAUAUACAGUAUUUGGACUUACUUAAGAGUUACUGAAGCCUCUGGGACUUACAUGCAAUGUGCUACUUGUUGUUGAACAAAUCUAGUAACAAGAAAGAUAAUGCAUUCCAUUAGUCUGCUAUUCUGUUUCAUCCAACUUAAUACAUAUAUUCAUAUAUGAAAUGCUGCAUUGGGAAACAACUGUAGACUAUAUUAAAUGUUACUUCUAUUUAUAAUAUUCAGCAAAAGUGAAAGACUUGUGAAAGCCUAUGCCAUGCUAGUUUUGACUCAUUAGUUCUAGUGUGAAAGCACUAAUAUUAGUAGCAUGCAGUUUUUACAGCUUCAGAUUUUAAGCUUGUAAAUAAGAAUAUAUCUGUGUUGAUCUCUAGAUAUUUUUUAGUAAUAACCAAAUAUAUUCACUCUUUAUUGAUUUAAUACAAACUUUCUCUGUUCAGUAUAAUUUUAUUUUUCUUAACCUUAAGUAUGAGGUUACAAAAUAAGGAGAGAGAUACAAAGCUUUUGACUAUACAACCUGCCAACUGAAAGAUCUUCAUCAACAUUUGUAUCUUUCCAAAGGUUUACAGAAUUAAAAUUUGGUCUUCAAGCUUUAAUGAACAAGUCUUAAAUCAACGACAGAAAUAUGUUGAAUAUUUCUUCACUUCAUCUUGAACUGAUUUAGAAGAGACUGUUUGCUGAUAUUGAAAUACAUAUAUACAUGUAAAUUGUCAACAUGUCUCUUGGAAUUUCCUGAUUUAUAAAUGUGGUUUGGGACAUCU